GCCAGUGAUUGACAACAAUCAACAAUUGGACAAUUUCAAACCUUCCCCCGAACCGUCCGAAACGUCCGAAACCAACCCACCACCUUGGAUACAGGAUACAGGCAGGUGUCGGCUGAGACGAUCGAAGGGCCACCAUGAGCCUAUUCCUCCGAGCCAAAUCGGCUUAAUUCGAAUCGCUAAUGAUGACGAUGAUGGCCACGACCACGACAACCUCGAGAAGGAUGAGGAUGGGCUCAGCCGAUGGGGCUAUGAAGCGGUGGAGAUUACCGGAGCCCGUGAGUGAACUUCGCUCGGACGGCUUCCAGUUCCUGCACGAAGCUUUGUUCUUGGAAGAACAAGGCUCCACGGAAAGUCAGCUCAUUCUUUCCUUGUACCAAUUGGGAUCCUCAAAUCUAGAAAAGGCCAUUCAAGCCUGCCAGGCACCAAAUCGUGGCCCAACCAGUUCAGAAGAAAGAGAUUAUGUGGCCCAAAAGUGUUCAGAAAUGGUCCUCAGUUUGGAGCAAGCUCGACAGCGAGUUCAGGCUCUUUCUCAAUCGCCAGUCACACGUCCGAAGUCAGGCCCCACCUCCUCUUGGGAAUCGUCGCUGAGAAGCUACUCGUAUCCGGAAACGCCUACCAAGAAGAAGAACCCGACUCAUCGUGCUCGGAUCAAAGCGAGUGGCGCUCAAAGACCGCCCAUGGUAUCGAGUUCCAUGACUCGAAAUGACCGUUAUCAUGAAGACGACCGCGAUGAGAGUCGGUCGAGCCAUGAGAAGAGUCUGAAAUCCUCUAUAGUCUCCGGAUUAAGUGGGAUUGGCUUUGAUGAUGUGAUCGGCCAAGAGAAAGCCAAGCAAUCGCUCCGUGAAUCGGUCAUUCUUCCCAUUUUGAGACCCGAAUUGUUCCACGGUCUUCGCACGCCAACUCGAGGUCUACUUUUAUUCGGCCCCCCUGGGAACGGAAAGACGCUUUUGGUGAAGGCCCUGGCCUCUGAAACUCAAGCUGUGCUGUUCUCCAUAACCGCAGCCUCGCUCACUUCCAAAUACGUGGGCGAAGGUGAGAAAAUGAUGAAAACGCUCUUCCAAAUGGCAGCCAAACGAGCACCUUCCAUCAUUUUUAUUGAUGAGAUUGAUUCGCUUUUGAGCGAGAGAAAGGGCGACCAAAACGAAGCUUCUCUGAGAAUGAAAACCGAAUUUCUCGCCGGCUUCGAUGGCGUCCAAACGUGUCAAGACACUCAUGUUCUGGUUAUCGGGGCCACCAAUCGACCGGAACAACUAGAUCUGGCCGCUCUCCGACGAUUUUCUAAGCGAAUUUUUGUUGAGAUACCCGAUUUCCAGGCCCGAUUCACUCUUCUGAGUCAAUUGUUGUCUAAACAUGGAGAUCCUCUACCCAAGGAGGAUCUGGCAUUAGUGGCCAAGGCCACGGCGGGAUAUUCCGGAUCGGAUUUGACUAAUCUAGCCCGAGAUGCCGCCUUUGGGCCUAUUCGAGACAUCCCUACUUCUGGGAUCCUCCAAGUGGAUCGUCGAAACUUGAGAGCAAUCAACCUCAAUGAUUUCCGCAAUGGUUUGAAACGUAUUCGCGUGAGCAUCACUAACGACGUUCUCCAACGAUACCACGAGUGGAAUGCCAAAUUCGGAGAUGUGUCCAGCCAGUAAAAAGAAAUAAAAUUGGUUUUAUGUCAGUUAUUUUUA